GGGGCUCAGAAAUUUCAAAAAUGCGCUCAAAUACACACGCACUAACACCAUCUGCAACCAAUCAACACAUACACUGCGAAAAAUUAAAGCGCACAAAACGGAGAUAUCAUUGCCAUUAACAAGAAACACACACUAUCUCUCACUUUGUAAUUAGCUUAUUUCACAUUUGGGUUUUUUUUUUUCUCUGUCCUGUCUUCUCUUUUUUUCGUUCUUAUUCAUACCAGGUGUGUUUGCGAACAUUGAUCAUAUUUUUGAGCUAUGUAUAUAUAUUAAGAGAAAGGGGAUUUUAGUGUGUGAUGGGGAACUGCUGGUGUGGGUGGGAGAAUUCAAUUUACGGACUUCCAUCCAAUGCAAAGCCUGAAUCUCCCAAGGAUGAGAUCCCGUCCGGGAAAACAAGCCGGGCCGCCUCAACUAAACUGCCGUCAAACCCUGAAGAAGUGGAGGACCUGCGCCGGUCAACAGCUGCAAAUCCGCUCAUCGCUUUCACAUUCAACGAAAUAAAGACAAUGACUCAGAAUUUCAGACAGGAUUACAUGGUGGGUGGAGGAGGUUUCGGAAGGGUCUACAAAGGCUAUAUUUCUGAGGAUUUAAGACAAGGGCUUCAGUCGAGCCCCGUGGCCGUUAAGGUUCACGAUGGAGAUAAUAGCUAUCAAGGUCAUAGGGAAUGGUUGGCUGAGGUGAUAUUUCUGGGGCAACUUUCGCAUCCUAAUUUAGUGAAGUUAAUUGGGUAUUGCUGUGAGGACGAGCAUCGAGUUUUGAUAUAUGAGUACAUGGCAAGAGGUAGCGUCGAAAACAAUCUCUUCUCGAGAGUAUUUGUUCCCUUGCCUUGGUCUACCAGAAUGAAAAUCGCAUACGGUGCAGCAAAAGGACUCGCUUUCCUUCACGAAGCUGAGAAACCCGUCAUCUACCGAGAUUUUAAGACGUCAAACAUUUUGUUGGACCAGGACUACAAUGCAAAGCUUUCCGAUUUCGGACUAGCCAAAGAUGGGCCAGUAGGGGACAAAUCCCAUGUUUCUACACGUAUUAUGGGGACUUACGGGUAUGCCGCACCAGAAUACAUAAUGACAGGCCACUUGACACCGAGGAGCGAUGUGUACAGCUUUGGAGUGGUUUUGCUGGAAAUCUUAACAGGGAGGAAAUCACUGGAUAAAUCGAGGCCGGCCCGCGAGCAGAACCUCACAGAUUGGGCAGUGCCAUUGGUGAGAGAGAAGAAGAAAGUGCUGAGCAUUGUGGACCCGCGGCUCGAAGGGGACUACCCUGUGAAGGGCUUCCACAAGGCUGCCAUGCUGGCGUACCACUGUCUGAAUCGCAACCCGAAAGCGAGGCCUCUAAUGAGGGACAUUGUUGACUCGUUGGAGCCUCUCCAGCUGUCGUCUGAGGCCGAGACCGUCACCACAUCUUGACCCUUGACUGGACUGUCGUGUUUUUCGGAUUGGACUGCGGUUGUAGUAUAUGAAUGUUCGGGUGUUUGAGUGACUACAGUUACAUGCAUAUAAACAUUACACAUAUACACACACACAAGCACAAGUUAAUUUUCUAUAAGGUACUUUGUGACAUGUUAUGUAAUUUCUGGUUUCUGCUAACUUGAGCCUGCAUAAUGCAGUUUCUUUGAAUUGGGAAUUAAUUGGGAGUUCCUUUGCAUAAUGCCAUUUCUUUGAUAUUCAUUACUUAGCAUUAUAAAGAAACAAGGCUUUGUACUUAUUAUGCAAUGAAAAAGACUGAUUUAUAUUCUAUUCUAUAUCUAUAUGAAAUAGUUACAUGGCGUCUAUGGCGACACGUGUCCUCUCAUGGGCUCUUAAAAAACUGACAAGUGUCCCUUUUUUAUUUACGGUUUUGC